AACGAAGAAAAAUGCCUGUCAAAACUGAACGAAGACUUGGACCAUUCCGAUCAUUUUUGUGAAAAAUUACGUCCAACUUUGGCAAAUCAAUUCGGAAAUAUUUAAUUGAAAAUGCAAGCCUCCCGUGCUAUUAUCCGCUCGUUGGCACCACGCAGCGCUAGCUUCUUGAGCCGUUCGGCAGCCUACCAUGAUGCACACCACAAAAUAACCACCAUGGAUGAUUUGCCAGUGCCGGAAGGUGAUUGGCGUGAACGUUAUCAGCAGACGCAGUCUAAGAACAAUGCCAUCCUUGCUGCAAGUUUCCUGUUCUUCGUUGGAAUCGUUGGAUAUAUCAAUCAAUCCGGAGCUGUUAACUUCAACUAUUCCCCACCAAAAACUUACGAAUAGAUCCCCGGUUGGUGCACAUUGUAAGCGGGUUUAAAUUUAGUGAAAAAUAAAAGUCAUGUAAUUUGAUUCAA